UCGUGGGUAACACAAAAAUUAACGUCACUGAAAGAAACCCGCGUACAAUAUUUGGUUCCGUUUUUAUUUAUUUUAUUUGUUUUUUGUCCUUCGCGCGUGCCGUAGAUCAGGAAAUGGUAUACGAUGAACAGCCAAAAACCCAAACAAAUGGAAGCUGAUUCAUUUUUGUCAACAAACGCAAGUGUGGCGAAAUGAACAGUCCGAUUAUGAAGUCCUCCUUUAACGACUCCCGCUGUGCAUUGUUUAACACGCAUUCAGAGGACUAUCGAUGUGCGGCGAUAUUAACAGUGAAAAGAGACGGGACGUUCUCAUUGGUCGGAUGCAUGUUGAUGCUCUUUGUGAUCUGGCUGCUUCGCCGCUACCGCUCCUUGGCACAGAAGAUGAUUCUCAGCCUGACUGUCGCCGCCUUUUUUGACAGCCUAGCAUAUGUCAUGGGUGAAUCCCACCCCGAGGGAUCUCUCUGUGACUUCCAGGCCUGGUGGCUAACAUACUUUGACUGGAGUGCCUUGGCCUGGGUUUGCCUCAUCACGCUCAACCUGUACUUUAACCUGAUCAAGGAGAUGAGCACGACUUCAUAUGAAAUGUUCUACCAUCUCAUUGCGUGGGGGGUUCCUCUGGUCAUGUCGUCCUUGCCGCUGCUCAAAGGUUACUACGGCCCAGCAGGAGCCUGGUGCUGGAUCACAGACGAUCACGUAGCCUGGAGAUUUGGGAUAUGGUACGUGCCUCUCUUCACGCUCAUCCUGCUGAUGAUCUGCUGCUACGCCAGGAUCAUCUGUGUGGCCAAUCACCGGAUGCAGUCGUGGUUGGGAACGUUCAACCCGGAGCGGGAGAGGCGAAAGGUUUCCCUGGCUGAGGAGAUCAAGCCACUAAAAUGGUAUCCAUCUGUUUACCUGCUGGUGUCUAUCUUCCCACUCGUCAACAGGCUCCAUAAUGCCCUGUACCCACUGGAGCCGUCGUUCUCCCUCACGCUGUUGCACGUGUUUUCUGCUCCGCUGCACGGCUUGGCCAACGCUUUCGUCUUCGGUCUGGAUCGGAAUUGGUGGAGCCUACUGAGCCCCACCAGCAUGCAGCUCGCUCUGCAGUCGCGGCUGUGUGACAAGACGCGGAUCGGCGAGUACCACGCCGGCGCGGUGCGUUACACCCAAGCCGACUUGGCUGACCUGAGCGAUGACGAGGACGACGGGGAUGCCGACACACUCUUCUACGCGCCAAACAUGACCCUGAAAGACUGGGGGCCCUGAGGGAGACAAAGGCGACGAGGAUCGGCGGAAGGAGGAGGAGGAGGAGGAGGAGGGCGGCUUCCUGACAAAGAGAAAUGCGGUGGAUUAGAAAGCGAGAGGGAGGCAAAGAAGGUAGGCAGAGAGUGGAAGGCGAGAUUGGGGUGGGGGGGUGGGGGGGGGAGUCAGGCAGAUAGAAGCCGGAGAUGAGCUGUCAGAUUCCAUUAUUAAUCCCCAUCCUUUACUAUUUAAUAUCCUAAAGACGCGCACACACAUACUGAGCAGGGCCGCCUGCAAUACCACAACCUCGGGACCAAAAAAAAGAAAAAGAAAAAAAAAAAAGCUCCUUGCGGUGUUAAAAAGGCUUCUGCCGCAUCCCCGAGGUUUUAAAACAUUCCUCUUCACUACCCCUAGGUUUCCCUCAAGCCGCACUUUUGGCACACCACCAAGAUGGAGGAGCAGGAGGAAGAAAAAAAAAAAAACAAUAAAAGGCAAUCAUAACAAGGGGCAAUUACCUUCUCACCUCUCUGCAGGAGAA